AAGUUGUUUCCAGUCGGACUCGCUUAAGCCCUGCACAUAACAUGGAGGACAGAAAUAGAGUGUGUUCGCUCAGCUGCAGUUAAACUAAUCCGCGUAAUUCAUCACUGACUGAUGAAAACAUUUGAUGUCGUAACAUCACCGACAUGUUUUAAUGAAACAGACGUCAUUAACCAGCUCCUCGGUGUUUUACUGCAGAGAUUCAAGCUUCAUCCUCAGACACGUCUGAAAUCUGCAGGACUUCAUGUUCACUCUCCGGCUGUGUCUCAGGCUCCAGUCUGGGCCUCAGGUUUGUUCUGUGUCCCAGCAGAGGACCCACAAACUGGCCUCAGUCCAGACCGCCGCGAAGCUCCCCACAAAGAAAGCCCGGAGCGUCCUGUACCCGUUCACUGAUCUGGAAGCUUACCUGGACAGGUCUGUGGACCGGACUCAGUUCCAGCUGUUUCAUCCCAGUGUGGAGGACAUGAUUAAAGCAGAGAAACUCUUCGUCUCUUCACCAUCUCAUAAGAUCGAUUACUUCACCUCUGCAGAGAGGAUGGACCACGUCCCUGCUCUGCAGCAGCCAGAGGUGUGUUUCAUCGGCAGAAGUAACGUGGGGAAGUCGUCUCUCAUCAGAGCUCUGUUCUCUCUGACUCCAGAAGUGGAGGUCAGAGUCUCCAAGACUCCAGGUCACACAAAGAAGAUGAACUUCUUCAGAGUGGGCAGAGCGUUCACCGUCGUCGACAUGCCGGGCUACGGACACCGAGCGCCUAAAGACUUUGUGGACAUGGUGGAGCCGUAUCUCUACACCAGGAGAAAACUUGUGAGGACGUUCCUGUUGGUCGACGGCAGCGUCGGUCUUCAGAAAGCUGACCUCAUCGCCCUGGAGAUGUGUGAGGAGAUCAGACGUCCAUAUGUGAUGGUGGUGACCAAGAUUGAUAAAUGUGGGCGCGGGACUCUGCUGACAAACUUCCUGAACCUUCAGGAUGUGGUGAAAACACACACCACCUGCUGCUUUCCUCAGCCCUUUCUGGUCAGCUCACUGCAGUAUUUGGGGAUCUACCUCCUGAGAUGCUUCAUUACUCAUCUAACAGGAAGCAUCAGGUUGUCAAACACCUCUGAGAGCUGACCCCAGGACAGAUCAGUCUCCAUCAGGUCUGGACUCUUUGUCUUCAGUCUCUGAAUAAGAGCAGAAGAGCAGAGGACAGGACAUGUUUCUCCAUAUUUCUGUACCUCAGAGGUGACGUGUUGGCCUGUCUACAUACAGCUGUAAGAUGAUUCUAUUUUCUAAUAAAAUGUAAAACACA